CGAAAAAAAGUGGGGCAAGAAGUAAUAAAGCAUGGAGUAUAAGGGUCCAAUUAUGCAAACAAAAUAAAAAGAGGAAGGAGGUGCUUCAAUCAUUUUAUUAAAGAGUCCCCUUUUAUUGACUCUCUCUUUCUCUCUCUCUCUCUCUGCUUGUAUGAACCAAUAAUCUUGUUUCUCUUCAUUUGCUUCAAUCCUCUUGAAAUUCUCAGCUUCCAUUCCUGUUUCCUUCUAUCCUCGUUACCUUCAUUUUUGAUUCGCACGCUAAUCUUCCUCUGCUUUGCUAGAUAUUCGGUUGUGGGUUUUCUCUUUGGUCGAUUUCUCUGUUCUCAGAAUCUCCGAUUAAGCUGCUUCGUAAUCUCUUGUCUGUAUACUCGCGUUUAUAAACUUUUCCAGCGUUUAUUUAGAUAGGUGAUUCAAGUACGACUAGUGAGAGGAGUGUUUUUGCUGACGAAAGCGGAAGCUUUUGUUGCCGUUUGAUUCCGUUCAAUCUGAUUUGUGGUGUCUGAGUGAAGAAGAGAGAUGUUGGGAGCUGGAUUUCAGUUGACUCAGCUUCAGAGAGCUCAAAGCGACGUCUUUUAUGGCGGCAGAUCGAUUCACACUAAGGAACGCGAGAACGGCUCUGCAUUGCAGAAACACCAUGUUUCUGAGGCUUCUUCAAGUAAUGUGGAACGGUUUUUGGAGUCGGUGACACCAUCUGUGCCGGCUCACUAUUUUUCUAAGACAACAAUAAGGGAAAGGAGAGGCAGUGACAUUGAGUCGCAAGUUCCUUACUUUGUUCUUGGGGAUGUAUGGGAAUCGUUUGCAGAGUGGAGUGCUUAUGGCAUUGGAGUUCCUCUCACUUUGACUAACAAUAAAGAUCGAGUCUUUCAAUAUUAUGUGCCUUCCCUUUCCGGUAUUCAAGUAUAUGCUGAUUUUGAUGCUUUAACUUCAUCUCUUCAAGCAAGGCGGCAAGGGGAGGAGAGCGAAAGCGAUUUCAGGGAUUCAAGUAGUGAAGGAAGCAGUAGUGAAUCCGAAAGAGGACUUUCUUAUCCAAAAGAGCAGAUAUCUGCUAGAAUGGACAAACUCUCGUUAAGAAAGGAGCAUCUCGAAGAUUCAUCUAGUGAUGAUGGCGAGCCUUUAAGCUCUCAAGGUCGUUUGAUAUUUGAGUAUCUUGAACGUGAUCUUCCUUACAUCCGUGAACCCUUUGCCGACAAGAUGUCUGACCUUGCCUCUAGAUUUUCCGAGCUGAAUACGCUGAGAAGCUGUGAUUUACUACCUUCAAGCUGGUUUUCUGUGGCAUGGUACCCAAUAUACAAGAUACCCACAGGACCGACCCUCAAGGAUCUGGAUGCUUGUUUCUUGACUUAUCAUUCCCUUCACACACCCUUUCAAUGUCCAGGAGUUACAACAGGGUCUAUGCAUGUGGUGCAGCCAAGGGAAAGUGUUGAGAAGAUGGAACUGCCUGUCUUUGGUCUCGCCUCAUACAAGUUGAGAGGUUCUGUAUGGACAGGCUUCAGGGGCUCUGGACACCAGGUCGCGAACUCCCUCUUCCAAGCCGCAGACAAUUGGCUGAGGUUGCGUCAAGUCAACCAUCCAGAUUUCAUCUUCUUCUGCCGCCGGUAAUGAUAUGAUUAUACUAUGAUGACGAAAAAGGAUAUAGGAAGUUAUAAAAAAGGAACUCUUUAUGAUUACUGUCCUGAGGAAACCAUACAUAUAGGAUACCGUCAAAAGUUUUCAGUUGGUAGCUUCUGUAAGUGCACGGAAUGCUAGUUUUCUUAUUAUGUGUAACACUGUUUUUGCAAUAAAAGCUAAUAGUUGAGAAAAAAA